AUGCACAUCUUCGUCAUUGGUGGAACCGGCCGCAACGGCUCCCUGGCCAUCCAAGAAGCUCUCUCCAGAGGCCAUACAGUCACCGCCCUUGUCCGCAACCCAUCCACCACAUCCCUACCCUCUCACACCAACCUCACCCUCGUCAAGGGCACCCCCACUUCUCAAGCCGAUGUCCUCGCCGGCCUCACAACUCCUGAGCCUCCCAAGGCCAUCAUAUCAGCGCUUGCACAGGUUCGCACUUCAGAGUCGCCUUUUGCGUCUCUACGCCCUGAUACUACACCUGACUUUUUGACCUCGAGCAUGCGAGUCUUGCUAGCUGCCAUCUCGCAGGCCAACCUCCCCUACAAACCCAAGCUUGUCAUAAACUCAGCUCAGGGUGUUGGCUCCUCCUGGCGCUCUAUGAACCUUCCCGGUAAGAUCAUCUUCAGUCACGGAAGCAUGGGUAUCGGACUCAAGGACCACAACAAACUCGACCGGCUCGUACGCGACAGCGGCUUGCCCUUUGUUUCCCCACGACCGUGUAUGCUCGCCGAAGGUGACGUCAAGGACGUCAAGGUCUGGCCUGAAGAUGGAAAAGGCUGUGCGUGGAUGCCAUCCAUUACUAGAGCGAGCGUUGGACGGUGGCUCGUUGAUGCCGUUGAGAGUAAUGAGUGGGACGGAAAGGCACCGGUAAUCACGAAUUAA